GGUACGUUAUAGCCAAUUGAAACGUGUGCUUUUUACAAAUCGCUGUAUACCCCGGAAAUAACAAGCUGGUGUUUGGUGUGUUGGGAAACAUUUAUGCGCUUCAUACUUCACAAUAAAACGGGAAAGAAAGGCAUUCUGAGUACUAAUUAACCGAAGUUUAAAAACCAUUACUUGCCAAAUGGCCUCCAAACCAACAGCACUGCAUCCCCAAAACAAAUGCCAGAAGGAGGAUGUGGGGAUUUUGAAGCAUCAGGACUUAAAUAAAGUUACUACAAAUUCAAGGGCCAAGCUGCACACUGCUCAGUCAUCCAAAAGAGGAGCUGAAAACAAAGACCCCAAUGAAUCUGCCAAACCUGCAAAGGGAGCAAAUGACUGCAAAGGGGUCAGUCGGCUUCCUGUACUUGCGAAAUCGAUGCGUUCAUCUGUAACAGACAUAUCUCCAAAUCCGGCUAAUAAGAAAUGGGAAGAAAGACCUCUCCUGGGUAAAGCUCAAAAGAGGAAGACCUGCACCAAGCCUGUCCCUUUCAGUUUGUCACAGUCUCGGACCCGCAACCAGAGGGGCACUGAACCAUCAACCGCACCAUCAACCAAAUCUGGAAAUCCUACAACCCAUCUGACGCAUACAUUGGCAAAGACACAGAGCGAAUACACCAACAUUGUGGUUACUAAUAAUGUCUCUUUAAUGGCAGAGAAUAAGCCGACUACAGCAUUUAAACUGAAAAGCCCAGGGAAAGGAAAUGAUCUAAUCUCAACCAUUCAGAAGGACUUGAGCACAAAACUGGGAAAGAUCACACUUGCACACACAGAGCAUACCAAAGAUGGAAGGUUUUCUUCUAAAGCUGUUGGGUUUGAAGACCAAGCAGAUUGCCGUUCAAACAGUAAACAGGCUAUACAGACUCUUUUAUCUGCUGAUUGUAAAACAGGUGUGUCUGAAAACGUGUGUAAUGCAGUAGCUAAUAGUCAGACUCCGCGUGUUUCCACGUGUCCAUCAGGACCAGGCUCCAGCAUUUACCUGCCUCAGAGAGUCUCCGUGAAGAAGAAGAAGAAGGGCUGUGGUGCUGAGGCCAUAUCAGAAAACACCGUGCCGUUCUCGCCAGACCCAUCAGCCCUCCGCAGUAUUCUGCUGAAUGAGGGAAUUAAAGUUAGAGAUUCUGGUGAAGCAACACCACAGGUGUCUACCUGCCUUUUAGGCAGAGGCACCUCCAUUUACUCUGCUCAGAGAGUGCCCAUUAGAAAACCUCAGACACACACCGCAGCAUCAGUUGCAGAACCGACGGCAGGAGCAGUUUCGUUCUCCCCUGACCCAUCAGCACUUCGUAGUAUUCUGCACAAUGAGGGCAUUAAAACGGGCAGUUCUGGUGCAUUGACGCCUAGAGUACCUCUCUGCCCCUCGAGAAGGGCCACCUCUAUUUACACAGCUCAAAGAGUACCGUUGAAGAAAGCUAGAGCAGAAGAGGCAGCACAAACUGGUAUCAGCCAAACUCCUGUCAGCAAGUGGACGCCACAGCGGGUUCCAGCCUCCCAGUCGCACUCUGUGAGGAGGCUAAACUCCACACAAAAGACACAUCUUCUCCACACCUCCACUGGAUUUCGUGAAACACAUGACCCCAGCAUGGCCAGCUCCUCCCAGCAGGAACAGGAGGAAGUGGUCCAGAGGUUAUUUCAGGAAGAACCAGAGCAUGAAGAGAACGAGCUGAUGGAGGACAGUGGAGACGAGGUUACUUCGGGUCAAUCGCUGCAGCAUCACCAGUCUGCUGAAUGUGAAUUAAAGCAUGGAGGUGAAACAGAAACAGCAGAAACAGAACGCUACCAUUCAGAAAAAGAGAAGCUCCCAGCAGCGCAGCCGUUCAUCCAGGCACCACACAGGCAGUCAGUCAUCGUGUUUUCAUCUGGUCAGAAGCUGUUGUCUCAGAAUGGUGCCUCAAUUCAGACAUCUCAGCAUGCAGCACAGCUACAGCUUUUCACAGACCAAACCAGCAGAUCACAGAGUGGAUUGAACUCAGAAACAGAUAGACCAGUGUCUCCUGGCAAGCAAUGCAAGACAAAAGCUUCCGGCCUCAACUUGGCCAUGUUUGCUCUGAAACGCCGUCUGCCACCCCUGGAGGAGAUGUUUCUGGAUGAAGAAUGUGCCAUGUACACUUCCCGACAGCAGUCAUGGCCGACUCAGCACCGCUGCUACAACCCCGUGGCCUCGACACUCCUCUUUCAGGACUCUACUUGCUUUGUGCCCAUUAUUGUGACCAGUUCAAGCCUCAGCCCUGUUCCCCAACUAUCCUCAUCAAUCAAAGUGUGAAGACUCAAUACCAGCAUCUGAGUGUUUAUGUAGAUUUCCUAAAAAAAUGUAAAUUUACUUGAAGUUCGUCAGCUUUGUUCUUCAUGCUAUUUAUUCAGUUUGAACAGUAAGAUUGCUGAUCUUGACUCCGACGAGAGGCACGGGAACAUUUCAAACCUAAAGAGAUGAGUGAAUCCGGUCAGCGUCACUACUUAGUAAAUACACGAAGCAAAAUAAAUGGACCUCCGAUGUCAUUUUUCUUUAACUGUUUGCCAGACCAUGUUUAAUGUUAGUGUUUACCAGCCAGUAUUAUUAUUAUUGUUUUUUUUUUUAUCACUCCAAUAUGCUCUUAGAUUUACACAACUAACUGACACCCUUAUGUAGUUUUCUAACAUUACACACCAAUGAUUAAGUCUUCUAACCUCUAUAUCCAAUUUUAAAUGAGGUUUGCAAGAUGGCUUAGUAUUAUGUGUGUAACACUAAUUCUGCCCAGCUUUCAGAGCUAUGUUCGCUCAGUAAGUGACUUGGGUCAUCGAGUAUCGUCCCAAAAGGCAGAACGCUAUCAGCACAUUGUUACUUAAGCAAAUUAAGCAAAUUAAGGUUAAGCAAAUCUGCCUGUUUUACAGCUCAUUUAUUUCUCAGGCAAUUAUCUUUGUACUUAUAUUGUCUAUAUUUAAUUAAAAGAAUCUAUAUCAAGGACUUCAA